CGAGUCAGUCUACGAGCGACAACGUUUAAAGAAGGUCGCGCUGUUUCGCAUCCCCGCAAAAAAUUUUGCCGCUUAUUGCUUAUUAAUGUAAAUCCGAUAUAUCACUAUAUAUUACACAUAUAUAAUAUCUCUUGCAUCCCAAAAGUAACGAAAAAGUAAAUAUUUACUGUUCGAAACGGGAAGAAAAACUUGUCGCAACAGCGAAGUGGAGAGUCGAACGGAAAACGCCGAAAGUGUCUGUGCCGUGUCGCGGAAAACACAAGACCACCUUAUUUCCCGAGAAAGAAUAAUAUUAGGGAAAUCGUUGCUUCAAACCGAUUCGAGUAGUCAAAUUGUAGUGACAGCUACAGCAAACCGAAAGAAAAUCGUGAAGUUGAUAAAGUUUCCUGUGUGUUGUUUCCAACUAUCCAACCGGCGAAAAGUAAACUAUAACGUGAAAACAUAAAAACGCUCCAUCUCUGCCGAAAACUAAAACGAUCAGGAUUUUUGCGCCAAGUUUGCAAAGAACAAGAAGCCGCUUAGUCGUUUCGAUUCAUUUAUUUCCCGCCCACGGUUCCCAGUAAUCCUUAUUUCCGUAUUCUGCCGAAACAGCGUGUAGCUUUGCGUGACCGGUGACACAGUUAAACAGUAGGCGUAUGCCAAGAAGAACAAUAGGCUCGCAUUCGCUUCUAAACACUUCUCCUACUGUCAUUGUACAUGCGGUCAUCUUUGUUUUCUGUGUCUUUGUCAUUCGCUUGGCACUUGAAACUGAAGUAAAAACACUAGCAAGUGUGUAAGCUAACAAACGAUUAUAACUUCAAGCAAUUAAUGGAAGACAAAAGCAACAAUCAGCAGAAAAUUUUGUAUUGCUAUGUUGGCUGAGGGAAAGUUCAAUUGGGUACAUGUUGCUAAUAGUGCAUUCUCCACCAAGUAACAAAAAAGUGUAGUUGAGUGUUGUAUUCGUCAGCAGCGAGAAAAAGGAAUGCUCCAUUAAAAAUAUUCUCAUGAAAAUUCAUCAAAAUUAUCGAAAGUUUGUUUAACCUUCACCUAGGCCAUAGUAUAUUGCCGAACGGCUCGUAAGAAGGAGGUGCAAGAUAGAAGAAAAUUCAUCGCCCCAACCAAUCGCUUGCGAAGAGAAGAAUCAGUGUGUGAAAAAUUAUUCCAAUCGGGAAAAUCGUAAAUAUUUUUAAGAGGUACACCGCAGUCGCAGCACAAAAGCCGUAGAAAGUGUGACGGAGCGCGGAGGUGUGUACGUGAAAAUAGAGAGUGUAAUACAUCACCAUCCGAAUUGAUACGACUUACGGCGAAAAAAUAAAGCAGAGCAGGGAAGUUGUAGUCAUCAACAAAAAACAGCCGAAGCACGACUUGACAACGGACCCAACGAGAAACGACUCGUCAGCAUUAAAAAAAUAGCAAGCGUCCUCUCCCCAUCCAAAUUACGCCCAAACUGGCUUUGCGCGCGCUAUAGCUGUAUUUUAUUGGUUCUCAAUCCUGAAACUCGACGAGCGCUGCCAGCGUCACCUCCCCUGCUGCUAGUCGUCUGUCCUCGCGCACCGCUGCUGCCACCGCCUAUGCCCCUAGCUCCUUUGUGCUUGUGCUUUUCGCAUCUUCUACUGCAACAUCCAACAGAAAAGGCGAAGCUCAUUACAUCCUAGAAACAGCCAACUGCACUAUCACACCAAUUAUACCACAGAGAGCAGUAGGAACGAAACCGCGUAGAAAAGAAACUGAUAAAAAACGACAGGACAAAAAACACCACACUGACAGAGUUUCUGAUUUCCGUCGCCUGCGAAUUCUGAUAGAAGUCUGCCGCCUCAUUGCCCGCACAGCCGCAGGAUAUCCAUGAACGGGGAGCAGAAGUAAUUAGAAGUUACCAAACAGCGAGAGCAGAAAAAGCGACUCGCAAGGCGAAACCAGGAAACGGCAUAACUCUUCCCAAGGACAAUCAAAGCUAGCGUCCGUCGAGUGAACAUAGAGAAGGUAUAGAGGGGUAUCCUGAAACAGGAAGCUUAUUAUCCACAUCUCCAUCAAAGCAGUAGCAGUCGAAAGCUGAGACAGUCGGUCAGUCAGCCAGCACUAAAACUCGGACUGAUAGACACAGAGAAACCAAAAAACGUCCGUUCCUGAGUAACUACGAAGGAAUUAAUUUUUUUAAAUCUUAGCACCAGAGAAGUGAAGAUCGAGAAGCAAAAGUACCUCUAGUCUUCGGUUUUAAUUGCCAUAGGAAUUAGUUAGCGAAAGCAAACAACGCAGACGGGAAAGCACUCCUCUGAAGAAUACUGAAUCAUCUACAUCGACUUAUCUUGUGAUACUAAACGAAGAAAAUAAAAAGACCUGCCGAAACGGUGGCUCGAAACGAAUCAAACCAUUCAGUAGAAAGGAUUCUUAGGACAGUUUUAGAAUAUCGUUGUAUCAAAUCGCAGCGUUUAUCGCCGAUAGUGAAUGUUUGUGUAGAUUGUUUCCCGAUUUUAUACACUCACACACCCCCCGUUGUUUAUUUUGUGUAGUUUUGCUAGUAAAC